UCCCCAUUCCAAAACCAAACCCAUUUUAUUUAUUUUCUCUCCAACUCCUCAUCCUCACAUUAUUUGAGACCCACCAAAUAUUCAAUUUAAGAGAGAGAUUCGUUUUGAGUACUCAUGGAAGGAAAUGACCAACUUCACUAUCACCAAAACCAUCGCUCAAACGCUUCUUUCCCUCUUCAAUUGCUAGAGAAGAAAGAAUAUGAUCCUCAACCUCCUCUUGAGAUCGUCUCUAAGAAGCCCUCCCCUAAGAGGACUUCUACUAAGGAUCGCCACACCAAAGUCGAUGGUCGAGGCCGACGCACCCGAAUGCCUGCUCUUUGUGCUGCUAGAGUUUUUCAGCUCACUCGUGAGCUUGGCCACAAGUCCGAUGGCGAAACGAUCGAAUGGCUUCUUCAGCAGGCUGAGCCUGCUGUUAUCGCCGCAACGGGAACUGGAACCAUACCGGCUAACUUCAACUCUCUUAAUACGUCGUUAAGAAGAUCGGCUACAAGCAUUUCUUUACCAUCUCAACUAAGAUCCUCUUCUUAUUAUCACCCGGGAGUGAUGGGAUUCAACUCUGAAGCAAUGAAUAAUAUGGUUCAAAUUACGACACAAUUACCAAAAGAAGAUCAUCAGUACCAUCUUCACCAAUCCACCACCACCGGAGUAGUCCCCCCCACUACUAUUCCGGCAAACUUUUGGAUGCUUUCCGACCCCAACAACCAAUUACUCGCCAGCGGAGUUGACCCUUUAUGGAGGCUUCAGUCGGCUAAUCAAGACGGCUCUUUAUUCAGAUCAGGACAACCCUCACCCUCCGGUGGCUUACGUUUGUCGAAUAAUAUUCUCGGCGGCCCUGCUCCAUUGACGCUCCUCCCAGGAAAGCCACUCUCUUUGGGACCCACUGCCGGAGCUGCACGACGUGGAAACUUGAACAACGAUCAUGAUGAUGAUGAUGAUGAUCAUAAUGGACACUUGAAUAUCUAUGCCACCCAAAAUCCACCGCAUGGGGCAGCGCCGGACACCGGCGUCUCGUAAUUAUUAUAUGUUGGCUAUUGGCUUUGCCUACUAAUUAAUUUCUUCAUAUAUAUAUAUAUAUAUUAUAUAUAUAUAUAUAUAGUCUGAGACGUCAUGAGGUUAGACAGACAUAUAUCAUUCUCUUCAUCUCUUAUAACAAUCUUCCUAUCAAUAUUAUUUUUCAAUUUAUUGUU